AUGGAUUCUCCUGAAGCCCACGGAUGUGAGCGCUGUAUCAUUGUGCCAGGCAAUGGCUGCACCAACGCAAGAGAAAGCAACUGGUAUGGUCGUGCGCAAGAGGAACUCAAAAAGAGUGGCCUCUUCAAGGAAGUGAUCCUUGAGAAUAUGCCAGACCCGCACGUUGCGAGUGAGAGUGUCUGGCUUCCGUUUCUGCGCAAGCUUGGGGCCGAUGAGAAUACAGUCCUCAUAGGACAUUCGAGCGGGGCAGAAGCGACCAUGCGGCUACUGGAGACACAAAAGCUUCGAGGGGCAGUAUUGGUUUCUGCUUGUCAUACUGACUUAGGCGAUGAGAACGAGAAGGCAUCGGGAUACUACAAUCGACCCUGGGAAUGGUCAAGGAUUUCCGACAAUGCAGGCUUUCUCCUGCAGUGGCACUCCUUGGACGAUCCCUUCAUCCCGAUCUCCGAGGCCAGACAUGUGGCCGAACACCUUGGCUGCGAGUACAUUGAGCACAAGAAAUCAUCGCAUUUCUUCACGUGGGAUGUCUUUGGUGAAGAACUGAUUGAAAGAUUGAAUGCGAAGUUGGAAUCAGAAAAGGAAGUUGGAGGUGUGCUGGAGCACGAAGCACCUAAGGCACCAGAGGUUUGCCACUGUGACCUGGACGAGGGUCGCGGCAACUGGUGA